UGAGGUUAUGCCAAAAGUUCACCACUGGAAGGCGAUUAUUAUAUAAGAAUCUAGAGAUAUUGUCUAUGCAAUGAAUAAAAUAAAUAAUGAGUCCAUUUAUGCCUUAAUGCAAAAAGAUGGAAUUCGACAUUGUGAAUCUUUAUUUAAUGUUGAGAAAAAAAUUUACAGCCAAGAAAUUUACAUCACUUAUGGAUGACGAUAACCAGUUUACUAUAGGUCCUGAAACUGUGGAGUACACAUUAAUUUUGGACUGUUGUGACAUUGAAGCUGCUGUUAAUAGGAUUUUCAAUGAAUUAAUAGAAGCUGGUACAUUUGAAUCCCUUACCAAGGUUGUGCAAGAAUAUGAGGAAGCCAGUACCUCUUUCGAAAAACAUCAAAAAAUACUGGAAUCCAAAAGAAAAAGCAUAGAGGAACAGAAGAAGGUUCUGUCGGAAUUACGAGAAAAGCAGGGGCCUCUGCAGAAAGUGUACGAGACCGCCCCAGGUAAGAAACCUGAACUGUCAGAGGAUAAUUUAUCCCUGGUGAAACAGUGGAUGGAGUGCAGAAUAGAGUCGAAGAAGGAAUUCUACGAGUACCUCAUCGGAGAAGUCAGGGACAAGACAGAGAAUUUUGAGCGAGAGUCUCGGAUGCAAGUUCAUACAGACUUCCAAACGAUUUCUUUUUGGCUGCUUAAAUAUGAAUCCUUUACGCAAGACCUGGAUUUGCUGCUGCGGAAGAUUUUCGAUGAUUGGGCCUCAAAGAAGAGAGAAAUUUCUGUUUUGAAGAAGUAUCGGAAUUUCAAUUUGGAGAAAAUCGAGCGAGUCACCAAACAAAUCGCUCAGAAAGAGGAAGUUAUCGAAACUGAUCGGAUGGAGAAAGAAAAGGAGAUACAGAGGGAGAGAGAGAUUCUAAAGAGGCGGUUGGCGGCCACACUGAUCCAAGCUUACUGGCGAGGCACAAUGGUCAGAAAGCAUCUGGGGCCUUACAAAAUCAAGAAGCCAAAAAAGAAAGGGAAAAAAGACAAAAAAGGAAAGAAGAAAGGAAAGAAAUAACUCCGGGGUUUUCCAGUUCAAUUUGUCUCCGAAUGGAAAUUGGACUUACUAUCUCUCUUAUUAUACAUUAAUUACUUUAUAUAAAACUGAUGUUUGCAAAUAGUGUGAAUUUUAGUUUUCCCUAUGUUCUAUAUUUCGUUAGUAGAGAGUAA